GUGUCGAGCCCUGCAAUUGGUACAGCACAAGAUAUGAUACAAAAAAGAAAGAGCAGAAGUAUAAAUUUAUUGGCAAUAAUUGUCUUGAUGACACAAUUGCAAUUUUGAGUGUAUAUGAUGCACCAAGAUUACAACCUGCAAGUGAUAAUUCAGAUCCAGGUCACACUAACAAUGAAAAAUAUUGUGGACAGCUAGCAAAAAUUUUUAGUCGCGAUUGUGCCGGGAACUCAACGAAAGAAAUGGAAACACAAAAAAAUACUUGA